AUGGCCACCAUAAAAGCCAUUGAGGGCGGGACGGUCCAUCAGAUACAGUCUGGCCAAGUUAUCGUUGAUUUAUGUUCCGUCGUCAAGGAACUGGUGGAGAACAGUCUCGACGCAGGAGCGACGAGCGUUGAUGUGCGAUUUAAAAAUCAAGGGCUUGAUGCCAUAGAAGUUCAGGAUAACGGCGAUGGCAUUUCCCCGCAUAAUUACGAGACCUUGGCCCUAAAGCACCAUACCUCGAAGCUCUCUACCUACGCAGACCUCACGACUCUGCAGACAUUUGGGUUUCGAGGUGAAGCUCUGUCCUCGCUAUGCGCGCUAUCGAAAUUCUCUGUCGUUACUUGUCUGGCUGCAGAUGCUCCAAAAGGUACCAGGCUCGACUUUGCGACAUCUGGGAAAUUGACGGAUACGAGUGUGGUAGCGGCACAGAAGGGAACGACGGUUUCCGUGGAGAAUCUGUUUAACAACUUGCCUGUCAGGCGGAGGGAGCUCGAGAGGAAUAUCAAGAGGGAGUGGGGAAAGGUGGUUGGAGUUUUGGGUCAAUAUGCUUGUAUACAAACGGGUAUCAAGUUCUCCGUCUCUCAGCAGGCGGGGAAGGGAAAGAAGACCACUUUGUUUUCUACGAAGGGGAAUAGUUCGACGAGGGAGAAUAUUGUUAAUGUCUUUGGAGCAAAGACAUUGACAGCUCUCAUUGGUUUGGACCUAAACCUGGAAUUGGAAGCAACGAGCGCCCCUAGUCAGAGAUGGAGCACACAAGAAGAUGGUGGCAAGAAGGAUAUCCGGAUUGUGGGCCAUAUCUCACGUCCGGCCUCUAGUGAACGCCAAACUCCGGACAGGCAAAUGUUUUUCGUCAAUGCAAGGCCCUGUGGUCUACCCCAAGUUGCUAAAGCAUUCAACGAAGUCUACAAGUCUUAUAGUGGUUGGGGUUCGACGCAAUCCCCAUUCAUUUUCGCGAAUAUCGAAUUGGAUACCCAUCUCUAUGAUGUCAACGUCAGUCCUGACAAAAGGACAAUCCUCCUUCACGAUCAAAAUCGUAUGUUGGAAACUUUGAAAGAAGAACUUACUGCUCUAUUCGAGUCUCAGGACUACAGUGUUCCUAUUUCGCAGCUAGCGGCUCAGAAACAACCAAGCUACAAGCAAUUGACUAUCACUCGUGAAAAUUCUGCUGUAUCACGGACUUCUCAAACUCCUGCUAGAACUCCUGCUAGAAUCGAAUCGGAAUCCGCAGAGGUAUCAGAAUCUGAGGAUGGCUCGAGGUCUGGUCGGAGAGAGCAAAGUACAGAUGAAGAGGGUUCAGGCAAGAAGUUCAAUCCACAAUUCAGAAGAGGAGCUGUAUCGAGAGAAACUAUGGUCAAGAACGCUGAGUCCCUUAAUCUCAUCUCUAAGUGGACUGGAAGAAAGUCUGAGAGUCGGUCGGAGCAGAGUGUCGAGGCCGAGAAACCUGCUCAGAAACAAGGUGCUGCUGUAUCCGGAGGCCUUUCGGAUGAGAAACGAAAACUGGUCGAGAAAUUACGCCGAGAGGCAGAACAGAAGCAGCUCGCUCCCCAACCGUCUGAAGACCCUGAUAGCUCUGUUGCAACGACCCAGUCAACUACAGCACCUGCAUCGGCCCAAGCACCUUCACGUAUGGAUGAUACCGGUGAAGACAGUGCUCAAGAAGAACCUCAACAAGAUCUACCUGAUGAAGAACCUAGUCUGUUUGUUCCCGAGGAUCCAGUACCAGCUUUACAGUCACCGCCAAAGCCAACUCCGUCUCUGGCUGAUAGGUUCAUGAGUACAGCUAAAUUACUUCGAGCCCCAGCCGAGAUCGCGACCAUCACUAUCGGUGACCAUACUGUGACUAGCUCAAUCGGUACUCCUUGCCCAACGACCAAGAGAGCUCGAAUAGAGCAUGUUCCAAGCACGGCGAAGCACAAGGCUCCUUCGCAGGUUCCCAAAGGUACUCUGCCAUCUUUUGGUAGUAUCUUCAGCCAGCGGUUUUCUGCUCCUGGAACGGCUUCUCAACCUGCUGUGGACAAUGAAGAAGGUGAGGGGGAAGCGAUUCCCGAACCUCAAUCGCCUCAGUUUAUAGACAGCGAUUCUGAGGAAAACGGAAAUGUUGAAGAAGACGAAGGAGCCCAGGGAGAGGUCACUGAAGUCACAGAGAUAGUUGUCAAAGAAGAACCACAAGACGUCGAUUCAUCUGCAAUACCACCAGACGUUGAAGAUGGCGAAGUUCUAAGUGAAGACCAGAAGAAAGCAUUGGAAGAAGCCAAGGUCGAAGCCAUGAUUCAAGACGCCGAGAACGCAGCCGUGCUCCCAUCUCAAGAGAAUGUGGCGAGAACCAAGUCUAUGCUCAAAGGUGGAUCGAAGAAGAAAGAUUCCACCCUGAACAUUGUACGGAACUUAGAAAUCGAUGCAAUGAAGAUACGCGAGCUUUUCUAUUCCCAUGAGAAUAUGCUCUCAUCGUACCAGAGAGCUACUACAGAAAAGGCCAAAGACGAAGCUUUAGACUCGGAGAAAGCAGAAGAGAAACUCUCUUUGACAAUCUCCAAAGAUGACUUUGCCACAAUGAAGAUUGUCGGACAAUUCAAUCUGGGUUUCAUCCUCGCUUCACGUGCAUCUCAGCCAAAGGACGAUGAAAGUAUCUCUACUGACGAUGAUUUAUUCAUUAUCGACCAGCAUGCAUCGGAUGAGAAGUAUAACUUCGAGCGUUUGCAAGCCACGACAAUUGUACAAUCGCAGAGACUAGUGCAUCCCAAGACUCUCGACCUAACUGCUCUCGAGGAAGAGAUCGUCUUGGAAAACCUCUCAGCCUUGGAAACGAACGGUUUCAUCGUCACCGUAGAUGAAUCCGGCGAAUCACCUGUGGGCAAGCGAUGUCAACUCGUUAGUCUUCCCAUCAGUCGCGAAACAGCUUUCUCCGUUACAGACCUAGAGGAACUCAUCCCUAUCCUAGCCGAGCAUCCACCAGGUACCGUCCCUCGACCUUCGAAGGUCAGGAAGAUGUUUGCUAUGCGAGCUUGUAGGAGCAGUAUCAUGAUAGGAAAGACUUUAACACAGAAACAAAUGGAGAGAGUGGUCAGGCAUCUGGGGGAACUUGAUAAGCCAUGGAAUUGUCCCCAUGGACGACCGACGAUGCGACAUUUGUCCAGAUUAGGCGUUUGGGAUGAAUUGGGCUGGAAGGAAGAUCAUGAUUCGAAUAAUGAGACAACGGGCCCUACGGAUUGGGCGGCGUAUGUUAGACAAAAUCGUGGCGAGGAGACUUCGCAAGAAGAAGAAAUUUUGGACGAAAUAGAGGAAUAG